UCCCAUUUCUUGCCAUUUGUUUUUACCGAAUGUAAACAUUGUUUUUAUAUUUUAUUUUUAUGAUUGUUACUCAUUUUACUGCAAAUUGUCUUAAAAUUUAUUGAUUGUCAAUAAAUUGACCAUCAACCAAUCAAUGGACACUCAGAAUAUUUUGAUAUCCACAUUAAACUUUGGUAAACCGGAAAAUUUGCCAUUCGAAGAGGAAGUUUGCCGAUAUCCUUAUUCAAUCAAACAUUGGCUUCGAUAUAUUAAUGCUAAGAAAGAUGAAAAGGCUCCAUUGGAAGUUGUCAACUUAUUAUACGAGCGAGCUUUGAAAGAAUUACCGGGAAGUUAUAAGUUAUGGUAUGGAUACCUGCUUUGGAGGAAAAGAAAUUUGGAUGGAAAAUCAAUCGUUGACAUUGAAUACAAGCAAGUAAACAAUUGUUUCGAGAGGAGUUUAGUUUUCAUGCACAAAAUGCCUCGUAUAUGGAUUGAAUACCUGAAAUUAUUAAUGCACCAGCAUCUUAUAACCAAAACUCGUCGUACAUUUGACCGAGCUCUACAAGCAUUACCUAUUACUCAACACAAUCGGAUUUGGCCACUUUACUUGGAGUUUGUAAAAUCUUAUCACAUUCCUGAGACAGCUAUUAGAGUGUACAAAAGAUAUCUAAAACUGGCUCCAGAAGAUGGUGAAGAGUUCAUCGAUUAUUUGAGAGGAAUCGGAAGACUCGAUGAUGCAGCCCUUAAAUUAUAUGAUAUUGUCAAUGAUGAUAACUUUAUUUCCAAGGAAGGAAAAUCAAAGCAUCAACUUUGGAACGACUUAUGUGAAUUGAUCUCCAAAAAUCCUGAUAAAGUUCAAUCAUUGAAUGUCGAAAACAUUAUAAGAGAAGGAAUCAAACAAUAUAGAGAUGAGCAAGGUAAACUUUGGAAUGCAUAUGCCCAAUACUUUACACGAAGCGGAUUAUUUGAAAGAGCUAGAGAUAUUUACGAAGAAGCGAUCUCAUCUGUAAUGACCAUCAAAGAUUUUUCACUUGUUUUUGAUGCAUAUUCCCAAAGUGAGGAAAAUCUUAUUAAAGCUCAGAUGGAGAAUCAAGACUUAACCGAUGAUGAGGAGGUUGAAUUAGAACUGCGGCUGGCAAAAUACGAGUAUUUGAUUGAGAGGAGGCCGUUGUUGCUGAACAGUGUUGCACUUAAGCAAAAUCCUCAUAAUGUUGAAGAAUGGCAUAAAAGGGUUAAACUAUUGGAAGAAAAUCCUUUGGAAGUCAUUCGAACUUACAUGAAUGCUGUUCAAACUGUUGAUCCCAAGCAAGCAAUUGGAAAAGUACAUUCUUUAUGGAUCGAGUUUGCCAAAUUUUAUGAAAAAAAUGACCAACCGGAAGAUGCACGAGAAGUAUUCGAGCAAGCUGUCAAAGCAUCGUAUGCCAGAGUCAAUGAUUUAGCAACUGUUUGGUGUGAAUAUGCCGAAAUGGAAUUAAGAAGUGAUAAUUUUGAGCAAGCACUGAAGCUCAUGCAAAGAGCCACUACAGCUUCCAAAAAGGCUAACUUUUUCGAUGAAAAUGAACCUGUUCAAAAUCGUGUUCACCGUUCUCUCAAACUUUGGUCGAUGUAUGCUGAUCUUGAGGAGAGUUUUGGAACUUUUCAAUCAACCAAAGCUGUCUAUGAUAGAAUCAUAGAUCUAAGAAUAACCACUCCACAGAUUAUAAUGAAUUACGGUCUAUUUUUGGAAGAAAACAAUUAUUACGAAGAAGCCUUUAAAGCUUAUGAAAGAGGAAUCAGCUUGUUCAAGUGGCCCAUUGUUUACGACCUGUGGAACACCUAUUUAACCAAAUUUUUACAGCGUUACAAAGGAUCGAAAUUGGAACGAGCACGAGAUUUAUUCGAGCAAUGUCUAGAGGAAUGCCCGAAAAACUUAGCUAAAACAUUUUACCUUCUUUAUGCAAAGCUAGAAGAAGAUUACGGAUUGGCAAAACACUCGAUGUCCAUUUAUGAGAGAGCUACCCGAGAAGUCGAUUCCAAAAGUCGAUUUGAAAUGUAUAAUAUUUAUAUAAAGAAAGCAGCUGAAAUGUUCGGGGUAACUUACACAAGACAAAUAUAUGAGAAAGCCAUUGAAAAUCUCAGUGAUAACGAAGCAAGAGAGAUGUGUCUUAGAUUUGCUGAUCUCGAACAAAAAUUAGGAGAAAUUGAUCGAGCACGAGCUAUUUACGCUCACUGUAGUCAAAUGUCCGAUCCUAGAACACAACCAGAAUUUUGGGAUAUUUGGAAGUUAUUCGAAACUAAACAUGGUAACGAGGAUACAUUAAGAGAAAUGUUACGAAUCAAAAGAAGUGUCCAAGCAACUUUCAAUACAUCAGUAAAUUUCAUGGCUGCACAAAUGAUGAGUACAAUUAAAGAAAAGACACCAGCUUCAAGUAUGGAAGCGAUGGAAAUGCAGAUUGCAGAUUCCGAUGUUUCUCAAGCUGUGGAAGAAACCGAAAAACGGGCUAAAGUCGUACCUUCCAAAAAAGAUAUUUCGUUUGUUCGUGCUACAACGAAUACUAUCAUUGAUGAGAAUCAAGCUCCAGGCACAAUUUUCAAUCCAGAUGAAAUUGAUAUCGAAACAGAUGAUCUUUGAUAAAAUUUUUCAUUCAAAAUAUAAAAUAAAAUAUAAGACGCAUUUUUUCAACUGAAUAUUGCCUCUGAACUUCCUAAAAAUAAGAUUCUUGAAAUGAAAUCUUUUCAACUAAAUAUCGACUUCUUUUGUUCCUACUGAGCUAGUUAAAACUUGACACAGGUUGUUUCUGGUUCCGGUUUUUGUCUUUUAUGGUAAAGUUUUCAAAAUACAA